CACGUCAUUACUCUGCCUCCUCCCGUCAUCGUCGCAGCGUGCUCCCUCAACGGACCUCUUUCCAUCCUCGUGCCCCUUUUGUAACGACCUGCAAUGUCCAAAUAUGCACCCCAUCGCUCCUCAAACGCCCGCCCCCGCGCCACUCCGAGCACCGUUUGCCAAAAAUGCCUCGGCACGGGCCACUUUAUCUUCGACUGCAAGGGCUCGCGGCCAUACGUUAGCAGACCAUCGCGGACACAGCAACUGGAGCAAGCAAAAGCGCUAGCAAAGAAGGGCGGGCCCUCCGCGCUGAAAGCGCUGGGCGCGACACCAAGCGUCGAGGUGCCCGAGGAGUUCAAGCGGAAGGAGGGAACGGCGAAUAAGAUUCUGGAGCAGAGGGAGAAGGAGAGGAAGGAGCGGGAGAGGAAGGAGGCGAAGGAGAAGGGGAAGGACAAGGAGAAAGGGAGGGAUAGGAAGAGGGCGAGAAGGGACAGUAGCGCAUCGAGCGCGUCGGACUCGGGGUCAGAUUCGGAUAGCGACUCGUCGAGUUCGGCGUCGUCGAGGUCGUCGGACUCGGACUCGGGCAGCGGGUCGGACUCGGGGUCGAGCGCAUCGUCGUCUUCACGCGGGCGCUCGAGGGAUCGCAAGCGUCGCAGAUAGAUGCUGUUGUUCGCCAUCUCCUCGCUGACCUUUGUGUUCCCCGCCGAGUGCGCUAUCACGCACCGGCGCUUGCAUCUUCUCUCCCCAUUGCACACGCGACGGGAGUUGGCAUACGCCAGCUUCCGAAUAGCGUCGCCAGAUUGGACGCUGGAACGCGUACCUCUCGCCUAUAUGAGUAGUAACUCGUUCCGCAUGUGCCUUGUAUAACCACUAUCUGACGCGGACGAAUCGACUGUGAAGGAGAGAUUGUGGCUCGCUACCUUCAUCCACCUCGAAUUGCCCGGCGCAUGUCGAUAUUUUGGUGUGCAUAUCUGCUACAGGCAGAGACCCGAAC